AUGACAGAUGCUAUCGUUCAAUAAUAAACUAAAGAAUUCAGAUAAGAAAUUGAAAAAAGAUUUUCCAAAAGUCGACAAAAUCAUUAUUAUGUAUUUUAAAGAGAAUGCUAUGAUGAAUCUGAUGACGAUUCACUCAACUCUCUCAAAAAUAUAGAAAUCUAUAAUUUGUCUAAACACAUUAGAAAUAAAUCUAUUGAAACUGAACGAACAAUACCUAAAUCAAGCAAAACAUUAUUAAUACGUUUACUUAAACCUAAAAAAUAACCUUCAUUCAAUGAAAAUAAAUCUAAUAGUACAUCACUUUAUAAAUCAAGAUCAUAAAGCAAAAAUGCUACGAUAAGACUUCGCACUGAGUAUUAUGUUUAUUCUGAAUUAGAUGGUUCUGUAUUGAGAGAAUCCAAAAAUGUUAAUCUCAUUUCACCAAAAAUACCCAAAAGUCCAAAAUAUAUUCAAAUCGAUAACCUUAUUAAAUCCACUAAGUAUUAAUCCAUCAAUAAAAUCAAUAAUUAUUCCUUACUUAUAUGAUCAUUAUUUAUUAUUAAUAAAAAAUGUCUCAAAAAUUUAAGUCCCCUACUAUUAUUUCUAAAGUCCAUCCAAAAGUACUCUAUGGCACAUAAGAGUAUUUAAGAACACUUAUUAUAGUUUAAAUGCUAAAGUUAUCAAAGUAUUUAGUCCAUUUGAAUAUAUGCAUUAUAUUUAAAGAAGAUAAGAUUAUCAAAAUAAGUAAAAGGAACUCAUUGCCAAUCUUUAACUAAGCAAAGAAAAUUAUGAUAAAUUGACUUUCUCUGUUAAAUAAAUAGGAGUUACAGAUGAUGAAGGUAGAGUAGGUUCAUUAAGUUAAAGAAAAUAUCUUCUUAAAUCUAUGGAAUCAACAAGAAUUUAAAAAUCAGAAUCUAUUUAAAAUUCAUAAACAGAAAGAGUUUAAUAUCAAUUCAGGGCAAAAGCAUUACCAAGUAGCAGAAGAGAGAAAACUCGCAAAUCUAUUCUAUAAAGUGAUGCUAACUUUUUAACACUUCCAGAAAGAUUAGAAACAUAAACUGAGUUUAAGACUAGUGCUAUUGAUAAGAUAAUCAAAAGAUCAAGAUAAAAAAAGAGAUUUCCGAUAAGCCAACCAUAACCUCCUGAAGUUGCAUUCGCUUAACAAUAACAAAAUUAAAAAUAUCUGUCAUAUAGUAGAUAGUUAUAAGAAUUAAAAGGGACAUUGGAUUUCAAUAAAUUUUUAUGA